UCCAGUAUUGUACUAGUGAUACCUUAUACUUAAGUUUGCACCCACUCAAAACCGUCCCGCCGUCUCAAAGAUAUGAGCAACAUGGCUCUUCUAGAGACGCCAUCUCGUAUAUGGAGGCGUAUAGAAGACAAUGAAGGGCAAGAUAUGCCCUCUCUACCCUCUCUACCCGCCUUCGAGGACUCCGCAUACCCAGACCACACGGCCACCUCCGAAGAUGAUCACAACAACAACUCACAGUCAUUGACCGAUCCCAAUCUUUCGCUGUCUCUUCCCUAUACCUCUACGCCCGCAGCCAUCUCGGUCCACACUGCUACCACCAUCAGGCCUCCUUCGAGUACAACGAGUACAACACGGUUCGCACAUUCGAUUGAUAGUCGGAGUCAUGGACGAUCAGGCUCUGGUGCCGGGUUUUCUACUGUAUCUAAUACUGGCUCCUUCAGACUAGGAAGAUCCGAUACGCGAUCCCCUCAGACCCGGGCAAACAGCUUCACUCGCAAUAGCUUCAACGACAUCAGCAUAAUUCCUUCUCUGCCACAGAUAGAUCCAGAGCCUGGCAGUGAUGAGGACAUGGACUUGAGUGAUAGUCACGGUGGAAUGCUGAAGAGUACGAAUGCUGGAAGUGCGGGCGAUGCAGAUGGAGAUGAUUACUCACUUGCGGAGGCGCUGGGUUCUGUUAGUCGGACAGGUUCACCAUUUCCGCCGGAGGAGAUGGAAGUGGACCAUGGAUCGCAAUCGAAGUCAAGGAAGUACGAUUAUUCCAUCAAGUCAGAGACGAGUAGGAUACCCUUGCAGGCCACUCCCUUCGAUAAACUUCGCAACGUCACGUUACGGAAUACCGUAAUAGGGAGACGUACGCCGUCCCUUACUCAUACCAUUCCAUCACCGUCCUCCUCUUCAUCGAACUCGACACCUCAGAGCAGCCGGUCCUUUGGGCCUCCUCGCCCACGCGAAGCAUCACCUCGUUCACCAUUCGCGAUCCCCCUUCCGCCCUCGAAUAACAACUCUCCCGCAUAUGAAUACUCUCGAUCUCGGUCCUUCCCUCGACACGAAGAAGGGCAAGAGCAAGACAUCACAGAGGAAGCAAAUGACCAAACUAGCUCGCAACAGCCUACGGACGAUGAACAACGCCACCCAUACGACACGAGCGACAUGGACCUCGAUGUCGACGUCGACCUUCCUUCUCUUCCACACCCGGAAGAUAGUCCGCCCGAGCGUAGUGAGGUGAACGACGAACCCACUACCGAUGAGCGCACUGUCAGCUCGCAAUCCCACUCGCGAACUGUCCGCGAACCUACAUUUUCAUCUGAAGAGGCGACCCCAAUGCCGCAUUACCGCUCACCCGCCCUGGUGCUCCCUCCUUCGACGCUCCAUUCACCCACACCAUCACAAUACUCUAACGCCCUUUCUCCACCCGCUCCGUCCACCGCGCACUCUUCUCCUGCAGGGUCGGUCAUGUUCACGCCAACACCGGCUUUUCAACCACGACCUCGCGCUCGUUUCCAGAUCACUGCCCCCAUGGCCACUCCGGCACCGGCAGUGCCGUCCACCUCCGCUUUCUUCGGCGUACCGGCGACUCCUGCUAACUAUGGCAGCCAGGGUACUGGGGGAUACGACGAAGAACUUGACUUUACCACACCAUUCGCAAAGAAGAAAUCAUUCCUGAUUGACGUUAUUAACUCAACGGCAAGACCUCGAUACGCCGCCCAUCCUACACCUCACCCUCGCCAUGUCGCCGAGACUCCGGAACCAGUCUCUAGUACAAGUGGUGGCAGCGGCUCUGUUCGUGGUAACAGCCUCAGCCCCGCAGCGAACAUAACUGUGACUGCCAGUGGCAGCGGUAGCGGAAGUGGAGAUGGCUUGACGGACGAAAGCGCGUCUACUGGAGGCCGAUUGCAAGCCCCCUUCGUAGGUGUCACUCCUCGUCCCCGUGCGCGAGGCGGGCGAUUCUCCCAUCCUCUUGCUCAAGGUUGGACUGCGUCCUCCGAAUCAAAUGUUAAUCACGACGAUGCAAGAAGUGCAGCUCAUUCCGAAGGUUCACAAUCGCCAUACGAGUACGGGACUGAUCGAGCCUCAUUCAUCUCCACUGCUUCCUCGCACGAUCUUACGACUCAGCCACACGCGCGUGCUAAUGCAUCUUUCGAUCCUGUCAUGGGGCUAGGAGCUGGUGGGCAUGGAGUUGGAAGGUUCAAUGCAGGGAAGUUGAAUAGUUAUCUGCACGGAUUGAACAGAAGAUUGCAGGAGGAGAAUGAAGGCAUGGGCAGGAUUGUGGGAGCAUUGAAGGUGGAGAAUGGGCAUCUGGUGGCGGAAGUUGAGGAGCUGAGGAGGAUGGUAGAGAAUGGUAUUGGGGCGGAGACAGGAAUGGGGGGAAUGGAUCUAAGGAGUGCCGGCAGAAGGAGGAGGAGCUCAGGCGCGGGAAGGCCGAGGAUAAGUGAUAUCGGGCUUGGCUUGGAUAAUGUGGCGGAAGAUAUAGGUGGGGAGGGGUGGAUGGAAGAGAAAGUGGCGAUGGAGGAGGAAUUGGAGAACUUGAGAUCUGAGUUGGAUCGGUGUGUGCAGGAGAAGGAGGAUGUGAACCAGAGGUAUCAGGCAGAGAACGCGGAUCGCAUGAAGGAUAAGGAGAGGUGGAGAGAGCGUAUGGGCGAGGUGGAAAAGGGGGUGGAGAGGAUCGUGCAGGACUUGGAGAGCAAACUGGCAGAUGCGGAGGCCAGAGCUACUGGGGCCGACAAGAUCAAGGAGAACGUGAAGGAGCUGGAGAGGGCCUUGGAGAAAUGUGAGGCAGAGAGAGAGUUUUCCGUGAGGAGGGCUGAGCAGGCAGAACGGAUGAUGGGAAGUGGGGGCGUCGGCCACGAACUGCGGGACGCGAACGAGAAACUUGGUCAAACUAUGGCUGAGCUUCGGGACGCCAAGUCCCAAAUUCGAAGCCUCGACGACGAGCUUACGGAGGCGGACAACCGGAUCUCUAACCUCGAGCAGAAGUGCAGGGACGAACGAUCAAAGUCUCGUGGGCUCGAGGAACAGCUCAAGGCGAAGGAAGAACAGUUGACUACAGCCGAGCGCCAAAUUGCAGAGAAGGAGUCGGUCAUACAGGAUGCAGAGGCGGAAUUGGAAGCUGCUCAAGGCUACAUCCUCAACCUCGAAGCUGACGCCACCACUGCCGCCGAACGCAUCCACGUCCAGGACGAGGAACUCGCUGAACUCCACGACAAGCUUUCUGCUUCUCGUGCCGAAGACGAAGACGCCCAGGAAGCCAUGGCCGAACUUGAGGAAGAGGCCGAGCGCAACAAGGAGCUUGCUCGUCAGAUGGAGGAGGCCCUCGAAGCCACAGAGGCCAAGAUGUCCCAGGACGAGGCAGCAUUGACAGAUCUUCGUAGCAAGUUGGCUGCUCUUGAGCGUAAGCGCGAACACUCGGGCUCCCAUAUUGAUCCUUCGAGGGACAUGGACACUGCUUUUGAAGAAGCCGCGGCUCAAGUCGAGGCGUUGGAAGAAGAGUUGGACGAGGCGCACAAGGAAAUCGGGAGGUUGAACGGCCUGUUAGCGCAAUCUCCUGCUCGCAAGGCCAUCGACAGAGCUCGGGACGCCAAGGUUGAGGUGCUGGAGAGGGAGCGAGACGAGUUGCUGGAGAGGGUUAAAGGUCUCAAGAGUAACUUGUCCAUGGCUACGCCCAGCAGGAUCCUUAGCAACACGAGCGGCAUCUCUCCCUUCCAUCGCCACGCCCUCAAUAUGACGUUGAAGACACCUAAGACGCCUGGAGCCCCUUUGAAAGACCUUACUUGGUUGAAUUCCCCCACGAAUGGUGGUGUUGAUGCAUCGCCCUACGUUCACGAGGUUGAACGCUUGCAAAGUGAGGUCGAAGAGCUGAACGAAGUUCUUGACGAAAAAUUGGACCGACUCCAAGAGGCCGAUUUCGGCGCCGUCCGGCUUAGGCAGCAACUUGAAGAAGAACGGACUCGAGUUGUGGCCGUGGAAGACGAAAUAGCGCGAUUGAUGAGAAAAGAAGAGCGUAGGACACGUAGACUCGAGAAGGUACGAUGCCAGAAGUGCCAUACGAAGGUCGACAUGCAUGCUUUCAGCCGACUUGCCGAAGGAGAUGAGAGCUCGAUCCUAGAACGCUCGUCGUUGAACCUCUCUGAGCCUCCUACUCCACCCAACAAAAGCUCUGAAGCCCUCCGAUCUGAGCUCAAAGCCGUGAACUCACAACUUCGUUCCAUGAAACGUCAAUGGGACGAGGAAAAGCGUAAACUUCUCGGUGAUCAGGUGGCUUUGAAGGAUGCAGCGAAUCGCCUGAAUCAGGAGGUUCAAGAGGCGAAGGAACGAAUCGCGGAGAAGACACGGGCAGGAGAGAGGGCGAAGGCUGGUGUACAGGAGGACUUGGAACAGGCUAGAAAGGUCAUUAGCGAACUUGAGGACGCUCUUAAGACAGAGCGUACGAGGUUGAGGGCGCUGAACGCCGAGCAAGGUCGUUGGGACCGGGAGAAGCAGGACAUCAUGCUUCAAUUACGUCGGACAGAAUCUGAUAUGGAAGACGUCAAACACCAUUUGCAGCGGGUCAAGAAGAAUAGUAACGACCUCGAAGGCGAGCUCCGAGUCACUGCCAAUGCCGAACAGAAAGCUCGCUUGCUCGAGAGCAAAGUCGCCGAGAACCAGGACACUAUCGAGCAACUGCGUCAGGAACGUUCCAUGCUCGCCGCCGACCACAAAGCCCUCCAACGACGCUAUACAGAGGCUUCAGAGCGCCUUGCCAAGCUACGCGACGAGCGCGCCGCCCAUCAAACCUCGCACGACGAUCGCCGUCACGCACUCGACCUUCGUCUCCUAGAGAUCGAAGAUCUUCGCCGUGCCCUCUCCGAUCUCACGACUGCCCAAACCGAAACCCAUCGCCAAACCCAGACCCUCGCACAAACCCAGACUCAACUCAGCCAGACACACCAACAACAGAAAGAACAGCUCCAGCACGAGAUUGCACUCAGGAAAGAACAUUCUGAGAUCAUUUCCUCGCUUGAGGCUGAUCUGGUGCGUAUGAGGAAGUCAGCGGAGGGGUUGGGCAAGGAUUUGAAAAAGGAGAGGGAGCAGAGAGAGAAGGAGCAGAAGGAGAGGAAGGAGGAGGAGAGGAGGAACGAAAGAAAUCUCAGGAAGGAGGUGGAGGACAUGAAGAGAGAGGUGGAGAAGAUGGAGAGAGGUAAGAAGCAGGCUGGGGCGGAGGUGAGGGUGUUGAGAGAGCGGAUCGGCAUGCUUGAGGGACAGAAGAGUAGUUGGGAGGAUCAUGUCUGUGAAGCGAACGGCGACCAGGUCGAAGCUCUACGCGCGCAACACAAACUUGAGAGCAAAGGGCUCAUCGUUCAGAUACGGUAUCUCAAGGCCAAGUUCACUCGUGAGAGCAUGCUUCGGAUAGACCUCGCGUACCAGAAGAAGUAUUUGAUGGUGUUGCUGGCUCGAUCUGAGAGAGGAGAUGAGAAGAUCGUGGCCUCCAUCGCGCGGAUCGGGUUCCCGGUAGCUCCUGUGGUCCAAAAGACGUCGAAGAAGAGGAAGACGGUGAGGGCGGUCGCGCUGGGUGUUAUGUUCUUGCAAAGGGCCCGUCGUGCAAGCGAAGUCUGGCGGAACCAAUGUGCUCAGAAGCCCGCAGUACAAGCCGCCCUUGAGGAGGUCCGACGCAGACGAGUCGAGAACGGCACAGGUGGUCGAGCUAGCGGUAGUGGCAGCAGACCAUAGACAUGAACCAUAUGUACAUUGGCGAUUUCCUUUACAUUUCAUUGGUCAGAUAUACUCGCAUCCAGUUUCUAAGAGUCCUAAUCUCCUCUCUAUGUCCUUUUUUCGCUGGUUUCGUAGUCUGGAUUAUGGAUUGACUGGGAUUCGCUCGAACCAGCAUGACAUGCACUGUGUCAUUGGUUCACUUCACCUCACUUCUAUUAUUCACUUUCAACUUACUUACAAUACAGCGACACCGGUCUUCUUUCGUUCCUUCCUUCUCGUGCUUUCGUCUGUCGUGUUCGCGUUCUUCGAUCUCCGUGUUUUGUGUUCUCAGCUCUGUCCCAUUCAACGAUGUAUCCC